AUGGCUCUCAAAAGACGUCCCCGAUACGAAGACACCGGAGCAAGAAAAUGCAGAAAAAUGUUUCAUGCCAAGGUGGAACACGAAUAUGCGAAGCUACGGACCAUCUCACGCUUACGCGACAGUGCAGACAGGGAAGAAUUUAAUUUGGAUAAACGAGGUGACGUGAUGCGAGUAGAAGCACCUCAAAAUCAAGAAAAGUUCCAUGAAGGAUCACCAGCUGCAGAUUUUGCUUUGGAUUUGAUCGGGUUAGGCGAUCCCCAGUUGAGGCUUGGAAAAAGAGCGGCAAAUGAAAGGACACGCUUCUACAUCGAGCUUGGCGAAAACGAAAAGGACCGCCAGAAGAAAUUAGACGAGUUGUUAGCCGAUUUUGAUUUAUACAAAUCCGAAAUACUAAAAGGGAUGCAGCUUGCCUUGAGGGAUAUCAGAUCUUAUGAAUACGACAUGGAAAAAAAAACAGUGGCUGUCACGCGAAAAGAAGAAGAACAGCACCAGAAACUAACCCAGUGA